GGGAUAUGCGCUGGUUUGAUGAUAGUGUGCGGUUGGGGGUUAUCGAGUUGUUGGCUUUCGUCUGUGUUGCGUUUGCGAUUUGGACCCAGUAAAUAUUACAGUUACAAUGUAACUCAGUAAGUGUAACACAUCCAACAAAAGCCGCCACAUUAACAACUGCGAACUGGGUUCCGAUUACAGAAUAUAGCUUUCACAUAUUUUCAAUUUCUAACUUUGAGCAGAGGAGUUCAGGUAUAGUGAGUUUUUGCAUAAGUGGUUUAACAUUCCUACUCUUGGAUCAGAAGGUGUCAAGUUUGAGUCCUGCAGCAUGAGUCAGUGGGAGACCCUGAAACAACAGGAUACAAAGUACUUGGAGCAGCUGCAUGUUCUGUACCAAGAUGAAAGCUUUCCCAUGGAUGUUCGGGAAUAUCUUUCUCAUUGGAUUGAAACUCAAGACUGGGAGAAGGCUAUAACAAAUUAUUCACUGGCCACCAUCCACUACCAAAAUCUGUUGGACCAAGUCAACAAUCAGUACAGCCGCUUUAUGCAGGAGAAGAAGUUUGUAUGUCAGCACAACUUCAAGAAAUACAGGCAAAAUAUGCAGGAAUGUUAUGGAGAGAACCCUGUUCUGUUGGCAAAGAUUGUCGCUGCUCGCCUGAAGCAGGAGAGGAAGAUACUAAACGCUGUUGUAGAGGAUCAGCAGACUGUAUUGGAUACAACUCAACCUGUGGACUUUGAAAGGUACCAGGAUAUCGAACAGAAAAUUACUGGCUUGAGAAAUGGCGUGCAAGCAUGUGAGCAGGAGUUGAGAUUUCUAGAGGAACAACAAGAUGAAUUUGAUUUCAAAUACAAGACAUUCAAGUUUCAAGAAUCUCACAGUUCCCCUCAGCAGGUACAGGAAGAGAUGAAAGUGCUACAGAAUAUGCUAAAUAUCCUGGACAGCAAUAGGAAAAAAGCAAUUGAUAAAUUCAGUGAGCUUCUAAAGGAAGCUGGGAAGCUGCUGGACACACUGGUGAAAGAGGAGCUGGCAGACUGGAAGCGGCGGCAACAGAAGGCUUGCAUUGGUGCUCCUUUGGACGUUUGCUUGGAUCAACUGGAGAACUGGUUUACUGCAAGUGCAAUGUGUCUGUUUCAAGUGAAAAGGUUGCUGAAGAAACUGGAGGAGCUGGGAAUUAAACUGACCUAUGAUAAGGAUCCCUUUAAAACACAAAGACCUGCUUUGGAGAAACAAGCUGUAGCCCUGCUAACCUGGCUCAUGCAAAGUGCAUUUGUUGUGGAGAACCAACCUUGUAUGCCUCUUCAGAGUAAAAUGCCUCUGGUGUUGAGAACAAGCUCUCAGUUCUCAGUUAAGCCACGACUUUUGGUGAAACUGCAAGAGGUGGGAACUCACCUAAUGAAAGUGAAGGCUUGCAUUGAUAAGAAUUCACCGAACGGGAAAGGAUAUCGCAAAUUCAACAUACUCGGCACAACCAUGAAAGCAAUGAACAUGAUGGAAUCCAAAUUUGGGGGCUUGUGUGCUGAUUUCAGACAUUUGCAACUAAAGGAGCAGAAGUCUGGAAUUGGAGGAAAAGGAAGUAAUGAGGCUUCGCUCAUCGUGACAGAGGAGCUCCAUGUUAUUAGUUUUGAGGCUGAACUGGCUUACCAAGAGCUCAACCUUGUUCUUGAGACUUGCACUUUACCUGUUGUUGUCAUCUCAAAUGCCAGUCAGCUCCUUAGUGGUUGGGCUUCAGUGGUUUGGUACAAUAUGCUCUGCAAUGACCCAAAGAAUUUGAUGUUCUUUUCCAACCCUCCCUUGGCACCAUGGAGCCAGCUAUCUGAGGCACUGAGCUGGCAGUUUUCUUCAAACACCAAGAGACACCUGGAUGCUGAUCAGCUCAACAUGUUGGCAGAAAAGUUAUUUGGGGCUCAACAGAACUAUGCAGAUUGCUGCAUUACAUGGGCAAAGUUUUCUAAGGAGAAUUUACCCAAUCAGACCUUUUCCUUUUGGCUCUGGUUGCAAGGCAUCCUAGAGCUUAUUAAGAAAUACCUGGAGGAUAUCUGGAAUGAUGGGAACAUUAUUGGAUUUUUGAGCAAAAAGAGAGAGCGCAGUUUGUUGAAAAAUAUGCCAACAGGCACUUUCCUGCUUCGCUUCAGUGAGAGCUGCAAGGAUGGUGGUAUAACUUUCUCAUGGGUGGAGCAUUUACCUAAUGGGGAGCCCAAAAUCCGAUCAGUGCAGCCAUACACCAAGACUCAUCUGACUAACAUCCCUCUUUCGGAAAUCCUCCGUUUCUACAAAGUGAUGGCGGAUGAGAAUGUCCCAGAGCGCCCUCUGCAGUAUUUGUACCCAGAUAUUCCCAAGGAUGAGGCAUUUGGGAAAUAUUAUUCAGAAUCUGAAGCAGAUUUUCAAAACAACAAAUACUUGAAAACCCGAUUAAUUGUGGUAUCAGAAAGACAAUCUACUGAUAUUCCUUCCGAAGAGUUGAUGGAAGAAUGUAAUCUGGAGGACAUUGAAUUAUCAGAACCUAUGAAGUGGGACCAUAUUCCUAUGAAAACUCUACAAGAUUUAAUGGAAUUUCUCGGGACAGAUCCUCUGGCUUAGAACACGUGAUGAAAUUAUACAUUCGAGCGAUCUCUUAUUUCUGAUGCAAAAUGUAUCUUCAAUGCCAUAGUUCCUAGGACAUGGACUCCAUUCCAACUUCGUUACUCUGUACACUUCAUUGAAUUACCUUACAUAAUGUUCUUAGUUCUGAGAUUGAUGAGCUCUUAGUUUAAAUAGCAAAACUUUCAAGUUGUUAAAAUGCAAUCUUGUGUGUACAUCAAAGCAAACCGUUACUGAUGAUGCAUGUGAUAGUUUGAAAGACUAGUAGAAAACCAUCUCUUUCCCCUUCCAUUUGAAAUGUAGGAAAUUGGAGGGGGAAAGCAAGCUGUUGUUAACUGCAAAGAAACUUGUUUACCAGCUAACUGACCGAGAGGACGGACGUAUCAGCAUUGAAGUCCAUGCUGUCCUGCAGUCAUUUUGGAGAUGAUGCAGCAUAUAAAUUCACAUAAACCCAUUCCUUUGCUGGGAAAGGAAGAGGCCAGGCCACCACAAUUUCCCACCACCCUCCAAAUCCAUCACUACACUAGCCUUACUAUUAUUUCCCUUUCUGCCUUGUGACAUUAAAUGGCCCUCCAGGUUCAGAAAUCAUCUAAUCGAUGGUUGACCUUCAUGAACAUAGGUUGCAUGAAUGUGAAUUUUCAAAGAUGCUGCCAUUACCUAGGCUAUAGCACUUUAGAACUGGGAAAGUGAGGGAGAUUAUUUACCCUAGUACACUAUUGUGAUCAUUUGCAAUCGCUCUUUUGCCGUGGCGGG